CAUAAACAUGGCUGUCAAGAACCAAAUUAUCCUAUUGAGGAGCCAAUAGAUCUGACAAAGAUUACUGUUUAAUUGCGACCACAUCUCCAAAUCUUCCCUUGUAAUUGUCGAAACUUCCCGCCGUGUUGACCCGUGCUUGAAUGGGGCACCAAAUCCCACUCGGUGUUCGGUCAAGCUCGAGACGUUACGUGUCAGCCCCGGCACAUGUACGACCCAAUGGAGCCCCGCCAGCGUGGCAUCGCCAUAGUUGACUGGAUCGUUUAACACUGUCUCGCUAAUUGGAAGGACUGGCUAUGGCGGCCAUCGCCUAGGACGAACGCUCCGUGGAAGAAGAUUCGCUGCUAGCCUCGAGCCGCAUGACAUAGGUGGGUGACUUCUAAAUCUUUUCCCAUUCCAAUGGCGAUCGCGGGGGCUAGAUUUCCGAUGCCGCUGCGGCGAUCGCCAUCGCCACUGCUCGGGAUGAUCUCCACCGCUUUGCUGGUUCUCCUGCUGCUAUGGAGCGAUCCAUCCGCGAAUGCCCAGCAAGCCUACAUCGAAUCCGACCAAGAGGGCUAUAGCUGCGUCAGUAACUCCACUUCCUGCCAGGCCUACGCAGCGUACCGAGCUCUCCAGGGCGACACUCUCCAGUCGGUCGGCCUCCGCUUUCGAUUGAGCGUGGAGCAGCUCGCCGAGGCCUCGCAAAUCGCCCAGUCCGCGACGCUCGUCCCCGACCAGGUCCUCCUCAUCCCCUUGAACUGCUCCUGCGCCUCCGGACGCUCCCAGUUCAACGCCACCUACAUCAUCCAGUCAGGAGAUACGCUCUAUCUCGUCUCCAACGGGACCUUCCAAGGAUUGACGACGUACCAGGCGGUGGAGCGCGCAAACCCACUGGCGGUUCCCACGAACUUGCAGCCUGGCGAUUCGAUAGUCUUCCCCAUCCGCUGCGCAUGCCCGAGCUCCGCACAAGUCGCCGCGGGGGUGACGUCGCUGGUGACUUACAGCAUCUGGCCGGGGGAGAUCUUGGACGGGAUCGCCAGGGCCUGGAACGUUUCACGGACUCGGCUAGCUUCCGAUAAUACGGUGUCCGGGAGUGCUGUCCAGGACUCCAACUUGCAAGCCUUCACGACACUGCUGCUAAGGGCGAGCCAAGACCCGCCACCGCUGCCUCGCCAGACGCUUUCGCCGGCGGCUCCGCCUCCCGCGAAUAAUCCCCCAAAUAAUUCUCCUUCUCCGGACUCUUCGUCGUCUUCCGGCAGCAACACUGGGAUGUACGUUGGCAUUGCAGUGGCCUGCGUAGCGGCGGUUCUUCUCGUCGUCCUGGCGCUCGUCAUCUUCUACAGGCGGAGGCCGAGAAAGGUGACGAAGGCGUCCUUGCAGAAGUCCAGCUAUGGCCACGGCGGCAGCAAGGAUGACCGCAACUUUGGCGCGUUUGGGAGCUCCGUGAGCAGCAGCUACGCCGAGCCGUCGAAAGAGCAGCCGUCUCCGCACGCACCUCUCCUUGCGGGGAUGCAUGGCCUCGUCGACUCGGAGAGGCCAGUCGUGUUCUCGUAUGAGGAGCUCUGCGACGCCACAAACAACUUCAGUGCUUCUCAUCUCAUCCAAGGUUCUGUUUACCGGGGAAUACUCCGGAAGCAGCUGGUUGCCAUCAAGGAGAUGAAGGGAGGAACCACGUCCCAGGAGCUGAAAAUCCUGUGCAAAGUCCACCACAGCAACCUGGUGAAGCUGAUUGGAAUUUGCAGCGGUGACGACAAGCUGUUCCUGGUUUACGAGUAUGCCGACAAUGGCUCCUUGAGCAGCUGCCUCCAUAACAGGACCCCUGCCGCUACUGCGAUGUCUAAGAUAGAGAACGCUCCCAUGGGCUCGGCGUCGGUGUCUUCGGCUUUCCUGAGCUGGAACACGAGACUCCAGGUAGCUAUGGACGUUGCCACGGGCCUCGAGUACAUUCACGACUACACCAAGCCCAGCUUCGUGCACAAGGACGUGAAGAGCAGCAACAUAUUGCUGGACGCCAAUCUGCGUGCCAAAGUUGCCAACUUCGGGAUGGCCAGACUGGUGAACGAUGCGGCUCUCACCAAGCACAUUGCCGGAACGCAGGGAUAUAUGUCUCCGGAGUACCUGACGCAUGGUUUUGUCACCACCAAAGUGGACGUAUAUGCCUUCGGCGUUGUACUGCUGGAGCUCUUCACGGGACGGGAGGCCAUUCUCAGCACGGGCACCGGCUCGGAAAAGCAGUACUUGGCCGACGCGUUUGUGAAGCUGACCGACGGGUUUGCUGGUGACGACAAUGAUGAGAAGAUUGAGAAGCUCAAGCACUGGGCUGAUCCCAUCUUGGACAAUGCGGUCCCUUGGGACAUAGCUCUCAACUUUGUGGAGGUGGCGAGAUCCUGUGUGGACGCUGAUCCGGAUGCGCGGCCCAAUACGAAAGACGUAACUUUUAAGCUCUCCAAGCUGCUGGAGAGCUCCCUGGAGUGGGAAACAGCUGCAGUUUUGAGUAGGAGGUAUAAUACUGCUCCACUGGAGGGGAGAUAACUGUUCUCUGUCUUGCCUGUGUGUAUGUUCUACAAAGAACGCAUAUGAAAAGCGAAAAAGUAAAAUAGACCGAGAUUUACUUGGAUGUCAAAA